UCCCUCACGAAGCUCGAGCUCGGGCCGUUUGAUGCCAACAAGGGAGAAAUAGACGGAAAUCUGCGGCGAAAUCCAUUCAGUCAGUCGCUCGAAGUUAAAGAAGACACAGUAACGAUGCCUGAAUGAAGGCUGCCAUGGAGUUAAGGAGCAAUUCUCCUCGCUCAGUCUUGGUCAUUUCCAGUUGCUAUGAAUCCCAGCCCCUCCCCGGCUGGCUGUGAGGGCCAGUCUCCUACAGACGACCUAAUGGACGACUGGCUCUUCCUCUCCUCUGAAUCUGCCGGGCCUCAGGUCCAAGAAGUGAGCAGGGACGACCAGGAGGCAGAGGACAGAAGCAAACUCAGAUCCAAGUUGGUCUCAGCAUGGAACAGUGUUAAAUACGGCUGGUCCUUGAAGCAGAAAUCCAAAUUCAGCAGGAGCUCUCCUGUGAUCAUGCUGGGAAACUCCUACGAGCUCAAGGAUCAAGGGGAGAGAGCGCGUUUCCGUGGCAGCUUCGUGUCCCUCCUGUGGCUGACCUACAGACGGGGGUUCCCGCCGCUGGCCAGCAGCUCUCUGACCACCGACAGCGGCUGGGGUUGUGUUCUACGUACGGGGCAGAUGCUGCUGGCACAAGGCCUCCUCCUACACCUGAUGCCACCAGGUUGGACUUGGUCUGUGAGCCACCACGUGGUCAAAGACGACAUGGACCUAGAGAGUCGCCCUGCAGACAGUGGACGGAGUUUCAAGCAAAGGCCUAAUAAGAGGGGGCGGAAGCUGAGCUUGGGCUCCCUCCUGGACAGACCCAUGGAGGCGACGCACAGGAGGGUGGUAUCAUGGUUCGCAGACUACCCCACAGCUCCUUUUGGGAUACAUCAGCUGGUAGAAUUGGGCAAAAGCUCAGGGAAGAAAGCCGGGGACUGGUACGGUCCUUCCAUUGCGGCACACAUCCUCCAGAAAGCUGUGGCAGCAUCUGCAGACCUUCCCAAUCUGGUCGUGUAUGUUGCACAGGAUUGCACCAUCUACUUGGAGGAUGUGAAGAGGUUGUGUGAGCGGCCUCUCCCUCAGUCCUGGAAGUCAGUCAUCAUCCUGGUUCCUGUGCGACUUGGAGGACAAGAACUCAAUCCUGCCUACAUCACCUGCGUCAAAAAACUCUUGAUGUUACAAUGCUGCAUCGGAAUCAUCGGGGGCAAACCAAAGCACUCUUUGUUCUUCGUCGGCUUCCAAGAUGACCACCUGCUGUACUUGGACCCUCACUACUGUCAGCCCACAGUGGACAUAACAAAGGAGAACUUUCCCUUGGAGUCAUUUCACUGUAAAUAUCCCAGGAAGAUGGCUGUCUCUCGCAUGGACCCCAGCUGUACCAUAGGAUUCUAUGCCAAAGGCCAAAAGGACUUUGAUUCAUUGUGCACGGCUGUUAAUGAGGCUCUCUCCACAUCUGCACAGACGUACCCCAUGUUUAUAUUUGCAGAGGGACACGGUCAGGAGGAAGAGCGAAGCAAUACACCCACAAACAACAUCACCUACAUCCAGAGGAAGAGCGACCGGAGAAGAGUCGACACUAGCAACAGCAUGGACGAGUUUGUUCUAUUAUGAACAGAAAGAGAUAAAAGUUUUGCCCUGAGGGGCGUUCAAUGAUCAAUGAUCAAUGAUCGCAUAUAAACGUGACAGUUAUACUGUGGCAACUACUGAGCGUAAGAACAAUGUCUUCAACGUUCAUAAUGUUUUGUGCUCAUUUGUAUUUUUUAUUUAUUGUUUUAAAAGGAAUAUUUAAAUUAAUAUUCAAUUGAAGGACUGAUGAAGAAGUUAAAAAAUGAAAGUUGAAGGAUGGUUACUCUUGAUUGUCAUCUCAAACUAUUUCUAUUUAUUUAUCGAUAAUCCAUAUUUAUCCAUAAAAUCUAUGGGAUCAUGUUCUUUUUACUUGAUCUAUUCAAAUCAAUAAAAUAUAAUGAUAAUAAUAAUAAUAAUAAUAAUGAUAAUAAUAAUGAUAAUGAUAAUAAUAAAUGUCUGUCAGAGACAAACUUUAGUUACUAUGAGAUACACAGCCUCUUACGGUUUCAUGUCAUGAGACAGGAUGUGCUGCCUUUGAACAAAUUAGAAAAUUGGAUUCCUGUUACGUGAAUCGUACAUGAACAACACCGAAGGAAGUCGACAUUAGAAUUAGUCAAAUGUUGUGAAUCUCCUCUGGCAAGAAAAGGACAAAAUUUACUGAAAAUAUUCUUAUUAGCUGGGUUCUUUUU